AUGGCAUGUGAAAAGCUACAUAGAAAUGAUAGUGACACGAAGGAGAGAAAAUAUUACUAUCCGAGAUUGCCUUUCUUCGAAGUACUGAUAUGUACUUUGUUAUGGGGAGGUGGUAUUGUGCUUUCAAUAUCUUCGUUGUAUGCAAUAUCGCGCAAAAAUGAGGACAGAUAUAAGCGCUAUGGAUAUUUGGAACAAGGUUGGAAACAUUGGUUGGGAAUUCACCAAGACGCUUACGAUUCCGAAUGGGGACUGUGGAAAAAAUAUCUUUGGGAAUGUACAGUACUGGGCUUCGCUGGACAUUUUAUUAUUUCAAGAUUCGCUGAAAGAGUAUGGCCGGAUAGACGAUUCGAAAUAAUGCUAGUUUAUACUCUUUCAUUUACGGCACAUUUUCUAGGAGUGUAUGGUCUGCUCUUCCUAAUGGGACAUUUCACAAUUCAAUACUUGGCUGUUUUUCUCACUGGAAGUACUACGGUUUGUUGGAUAGCUGGCCUUUCGCUUCUGUAUAGCAUGCAGCACCCGACGUGCUUAAAAACCAUACUAACAUUCUACUCGAAAGAAGACGAAGAUAAAGCAUACGUUUUACUGGUUUGUACUGGUAUGUCAAAUCUACGUUACAUCGGCUACAGCCUUGAAUUUGCCUGGUGGCGCAACGGGCGACGUCAAGAACUGCUAACGGAGCCAGAUAUCGUCGAGCAAAGUCAAUCUAGCAAACAAUCAAAUAAGAAGCAAAAGAGAAAAGAAGAAGACAAGAAAUCGAAUGAACCGGAGUCAAUUUCGGAGUUCAGCUUCAUUGACCUACUUAUUUAUCAAAUGUAUUUUCCAUUGUUUUAUGGUGGUCCUGUAAUGAACUACGAUGAAUUCGUAAGGCAAAGAAGGCGACCACCGAUGAAUUGGGAUGUGGAAAAGACCAAACAGUUUAUUACUGGACUCCUGCGUUUUGCUUUCUGGAAUUUUUUCACAGAUAUCGGAUUGCAUUUCAUUUACACAUCGUCAUUGGCAGCAGAUGUAAGAGUUGUUCAAAAAAUGUCAAUCUUCAACUUGUGCGGUCUUUCUAUGGCGCAAGUAUGGUUAUUUUACAUGAAGUACUUGAUAUGGUAUGGAAUGCCUUCUCAUUUCGCCACGUCUGAUAACAUGAUUGUACCUGGGCAGCCCCAAUGCGUUUAUUCAAAACAUCGAAUGACCGAUUUCUGGAAACUCAUCGACCGUGGUCUUCACAAAUGGUUGGUCAGAUACGUCUAUAUUCCAUGUGGCGGAUCAAAAGCUGGUGUCCUUCGAUCAAUCUUUAGUUUAAUGGUAACUUUUACAUUUGUAACUUAUUGGCACGGCCCAUUAAUUCAUCAUUUAUGGUGGGGAUUCUUUUGUUGGUUCGGAGUUCUAGUUGAAAGUAUUGCGCUGGGAAUAUACAGAACAAAACCGGUGCAAAAUUUUGAAAAUAAAUAUCUGACGCCUGCUUGGAGUAGAAGAAUAAGGGGAGUUUUUUCAUCAUUUGCAUUUGUCUUUUUAAUUGUUUCGAAUCUGUAUUUCCUAGCUGGAUAUCGCGUUGGCAAUAUUUACUGGAAACGGCUAUAUUAUGAAAACAUUUACGCAACUUUAUUAAUCCACGUUGUCCUUUACGGAGCUUCUCAAAGCUCAAUGGACCGAAUAUGA